AUGACGCCACGCUUCGACGACGCCACGUGGGUGGCCGCACGCUUCGACGACGCCACGUGGGUGGCCGCACGCUUUGACAACGCCACGUCGGUGGCCGCACGCUUCAACGACGCCACGUCGGUGGCCGCACGCUUUGACGACGCCACGUCGGUGGCCCCACGCUUCGACGACGCCACGUCGGUGGCCCCACGCUUCGACGACGCCACGUGGGUGGCCGCACGCUUCGACGCCACGUGGGUGGCCGCACGCUUUGACGACGCCACGUGGGUGGCCGCACGCUUCGACGACGCCACGUCGGUGGCCGCACGCUUCGACGACGCCACGUCGGUGGCUGCACGCUUCGACGACGCCACGUUGGUGGCCGCACGCUUCGACGACGCCACGCUUUGA